GGAAUAACGAAAAUAGAUGGUUUAUCUCAAACUGUGACAUAAAGCCCACAAUGCCAGCUGGCUAGUUGACACACACGGGACUUGAGCAAGUCUCAAGAUGCUUCUGCUGCUGUUGGCAAGUAGUAUCGCCCUCUGCGGGGCAGACCUUUCAGUGAAUAUCGGCAACCACUGGAACGGUGGUUUCCAGGCCAAGAUUUGCAUCCCCAUCACUCAAGAGCUUCACUCAUGGAAGGUGCACCUGCAUUUUGAUAAAGAAGUGGAUAGUAUAAAUUGCGGCACAGCUGACGUCCAAAAGACGAAUGGAAUGGAAUACAUUUUAUCGGACAAGAAAUGGAACGCUGAUGAGCAUGUUGGGGAUCAGCUGUGUCUGGACAUCGUGGCCGUCACAAGCGGAGAUGUAACUCCGCAGAUUACCGUGACGGUCGAGGGGAUGCCCAUCAGUGGGACGUCUUCUGGCGGCGGGUCUACAGGGACGCCUUCUGGCGGCAAUAACAAUCACAACACCGCACAGCCAGGUGCCACGGUAAAAGUGCCAGCGUCUACUAAAGUCACUCACAAUGGCGUCGGGGGCGGUGAAGUGGCCACAACCAACGCCAUGCAAAUCUUCAACGACUGGGGCACCCGGUUUGAGGCUCAGUUUGAGUUCCCGGUCACUGAGCGCAUUGAAGGGUGGAAGGUGGACAUCCAGUGGUCUACUUCAGUCGACAAGAUGGACGUUGCUGGUGCUAUUGUCGGCCAUAAAUCAGCUGAUGGCAAAUCAUGGACCCUGGUGAACAGACAGGACAAGGUCUUCUUUGCCAAAGGCAGCACCAUACAGCUGCGGUUCUUCGCCAACCACGCCGGGAGCAAGACCCCCACAGCUACCGCUACCCUGACCAACCUGGGACACGACGAUGGCAGCUACCCGGCUAUCAAGAACACUGGGGGCACCAAGUACAACUAUGAUGAAGUGUUGUUCAAGUCCAUCCUCUUCUACGAGGCUCAGAGAUCAGGGAAACUCCCAGCGUCCAACAGAAUUCCCUGGAGGGGAGACUCCGCCCUGGGAGACAAGGGAAGUAAUGGACAGGACCUCACUGGGGGGUGGUAUGACGCUGGUGAUCAUGUCAAGUUUAACCUGCCCAUGGCGUUUACCACAACCAUCUUGACCUGGAGUCUGAUCCAGUGGAAGGACGCCUACCAGAAGUCCGGUCAGCUUGACCACAUGUACGACUGUAUCAAGUGGCCGCUCGACUACCUCCUCAAGUGUCACACAGCCAAGGACGAGCUGUAUGUACAGGUCGGAAACGGAGAUACAGAUCACAACUUUUGGGGAAGACCCGAGGACAUGACGAUGGCAAGACCCGCCUAUAAGAUAACCGCAAGCAGUCCCGGAAGUGACGUAGCUGGACAAACCGCUGCUGCAAUGGCCGCUGGCUCUAUUGCUUUCAAAGACAAAGAUCCCGCAUACGCCAGCACCCUCCUUACCCACGCCAAACAACUGUACGACUUCGCCAUGCAACACCAAGGCCGCUACAGUAAGAGCGUCAGUGCCGCCGCCAAGUUCUACCCAUCCACGAACAACACAGACGAGCACGCCUGGGCCGGACUGUGGCUGUAUCAGGCAACAAAUGACACUAAAUACCUGACCGAGGCCGAAAAAUACCACCAGCCCGGGGAGGCCUGGGGCAUGAGCUGGGACGACAACCAGGCGGCCAACAAUGUUCUGUUUUAUAAGCUCACAAAGAACGACAAGUACAAGCAGGACAUGACAGACACUUUCGAGAAAUACUGGUUCCCCAACCAGGUCAUCAGGUACACACCUAAAGGUCUGGCGUGGAGGCUGCAGUGGGGAUCUCUCAGAUAUGCGUCCAACAUGGCGCUGGUGGCACUGAUGGCGGCCGAGGAGGGAAUCAACCCUGCCGUGUACCGGGAGUGGGCCAUGAAACAGCUCCACUACGCGCUCGGGGACACCGGCUUCAGCUACGUCAUAGGGAUGGGGAAGGACUUCGCUCACAGCCCUCACCAUAGAUCUAGUUCCUGCCCCUGGCCCCCAUCAGCGUGUGGGCCCCAGGUCAUGUCCAGUCAUGAGCCAAAUGUCCACACCCUGUUCGGAGCUCUGGUAGGAGGGCCUGACGACAGUGACGCCUACAAGGACGACCGCGCCAACUACGUCAACAACGAGGUGGCCUGUGACUACAACGCCGGCUUCCAAGCAGCUGUUGCAGGUCUGCGUUCUCUGGCCAACAGAAACCUGCAUCCAGAACAGAAACACUGAUCCAUGUCUUGGUCUUGUAAAGCAAAGAUUUGAAUAAACAGCUGAAAGGAAA